AUGAAUAUUAAUAAUUGUUUAUCAGAUCAGCUGAUUGUGAAAAUUGAAGAGAAUAUUGAUGAGGAUUUUAAAGUGAGAAAAGAAAAUCACCGAGAAUUUAAUCAAGAAAAUUUAAUUGAUAUUGAAGAAAUAAAAGUAGAAACAAAUGAAAACUUGGAUGAUGAAUUUACCUCUGAUAUGACAGAGAUUGGGGAUAUUCCAAUUGUAAAGGCUGAAAUUUUAUUCCCAACCGAUGAGGAAGUUUACAAAAGAACACCUGUAGAGAAUUAUUGCACGACAAUUCUAGAUGAUGAUGAUCCUUUAUCAGUUACUGAAACUAGCUUCAAAUAUGGAGAAAACACCGAGCAUCAACAAUCAUCUAGAGAAACUUCUCAGCAAGGUUUUUCAUUUGUCAAUAUCGAGGAUAUUAAAAGAGAUUUACGAACAAACUUUCGAGACGAGACCGAACCAAGUGACCGUAACAAUUACACAAUAAUACAAAACGGCCUACUAAAGAGUUAUUGUUGCAACUUGUGUCCUCUAAAAUGUCGAUACAAGUCUCACAUAGACCGUCACAUGAUGCAGCAUACUGGAGAGCGUCCGUACGCUUGCACAAUGUGCCCGGCGAAAUUCACCCACCGAGGAAACCUGAAUGGACAUAUGAGGAUCCACAGCGGGGAGAAACCCUUCCGAUGUGACAUUUGCUCGAAGCAAUUCAGCGAGAAAAGCAAUAUUAAAAGACACAUUAGAAUCCACAUGAGAGUCCCGAAACCUUACCACUGUGAAAUAUGCUCCAAACACUUUCGAGAAGUCAAGUACUUGAAGCAACACAUGCAAAACAUUCACGUCCCUAAAGUAGACCCUCCGAAACCUCGCGUUUACAAGUGUCUUACUUGCGAGGCUAUUUUUAGACAGACCAGUGCUCUAAAGAAACAUUUAUUGGUUCACUCUAAAGAUCAACCCUUUGCUUGUGAUGUUUGCUCGAUCAAAUUUGAGUACGAGGAUGAGCGAGAUGAACAUAUGGUCACUCACAAGCUUAAGUUUGCUUGUGAAAUUUGUCCUUCAAAAUUUGUUCAUAGGGGGAAUAUGGUUAAUCAUAUGAGAGUUUAUCAUCCUGAUGUAAAAUUAGAAAAAUAA